AUGAGUAGUGACAGCUCCAUAAAUCACUCCACUGCAUCCAACACCUCCAGACCGUCACCAAGAAGCGUUACUAAUAUGAGUAGUGACAGCUCCAUAAAUUACUCCACUGGAUCCAACAGGUCAUCACCAAGAAUGGUGACUUGUAAGGGCAGUGUCUGCUCGAUAAAUGACAGUGCAUCAAAAACCAACAGCCUGUCUUUCAAGCGCAAAAGUGAGUCAGCAGAGAGCGACUUAGACAUGUUUUGUCCAUCAUCUUAUAAUUUUGCCAUUCCAGAUAAGGAUCUCAAUGAGAACACCAAGAAAGAAAACAGUGACCCUGCUAUAGAGCAGACCCAAGACAACGUCUCUCAUUAUAACAACCUGGGGGAGUACAUCUCACAGAAAUAUCAACGUCAUGAGAUCUGUGAUAUCUGUUUCAAACUGGGCGAUACAUUAUAUCCUGCUCACAAAUUAGUCUUAGCCUCACAGAGCACUCUGUUUGCUGACGUGUUUGAGCGAGAGUCCUUCUCCAAUACACCAGUGGCCCCAAAAGUGAUUAAAGUCAGGGGAGUGUCAGAAGAAGCCCUCGUGUCUUUUCUAGAUUUCCUAUACACUGGAAAGAUGGAUAUAAACUCCGUGUGUUUAAGCGAUGUUUUCAAAUUAGCUGCGGUCUUUAAAGUGGACCAGAUAAAAAGAUUAUGUGUGAGGAAAGUUGAACAGCUGAAGUGUCAGGACUUGCUUCAACUCUUGCCAACUAUGGCAAAACUUAAGGAAAGUGGUAUAUGCGAGCUGAUUAUCAGGAAAAUUACACAUAACUUUCUGGAAGUCAAGGAGGAUCCAGAAUUUUUUAACCUUGAUCUUGACACUCUUUGCAUGAUAUUGGCCUCUGACAACGUCAAUGUCAGGUCGGAGUUCGAAAUUUUUGCGGCAGCUGUAUCAUGGAUUCAGCACCACGAUUUCGAUCAGAGAAUCCAUCACAUUGAAAAAUUAAUGAACUGCGUGAGGUUUACCCUAAUGACCAGUCAAGAAUUAUUCCUCUGUUUCAAAAAAUUUCCAGUGCUGAAACAGAACAAGAACUGCGUCAACAUGAUAACCACGGCUAAUUGGUAUAUUUUUCUUUAA